UUUAGUAGUAAUUUUACAUAGCACAUUUGUUUGAAGUCUCGAUCUUCGUUUCCUCUUGGUCCUUUGUCCGGUGGAAACCGUCGGACCUUCCUAAUUCCUCUCUUGAUAAAAAGCACUUGCGGUGGGGCAUUUUAUUAAUCUUUAUUCGUAUUCCGUUCCGCUCCGGUUAGUUCUCAUCCCGCCCAAAACUUCAAUUCAAAUUAAACCCCCCAUCCAAUCAACAAACAGUACCAACACCCUUUCUACUUCGAAGAAAAUGGCGUUGACGGAAGGAGAAGGAAGCUCAGAGAUGGAGGUCACGGAGAUUGAGACGACUGCUGAGUUCUUGGACGGCUCUGUCAUCUUCCACCUCGUCAAGGACGCCAUUGGUUUCGUUCUCUACAUGCACCAGCAAAUCCCUUCCAUUUUGCAGGAUAUCAGUCUUGAAUUCGAGUCGAUGCAUGCUGAAUAUAAAGAGUUGGAGAUGGAUCUUGCAAAAACUGAGGUAAAGGCAUCUUUGCGAAGAAUGCACGUUGGCAGAAUGAGAGAGUGUAAACAAGGGAUUAGAAGGAUGGAAAAGUUUAUGAAUUCAGUUUCAUGUCUUCAAACUGCAUUGCAAUUGAUGAUAAGCGAAAUCCCUAACAUCCAGGAGGUUAUUUUGGUCCUUGGGACAAGUCCAAUUCGACCUCAGCAUGUUUAUCAGAUGUAUUUUUCACAUUCAAAUGCUGCUCCUUCUGUUGAAGCUGAUUUCAUAAAAGGCAAAACAGCAGAAGGGCUUUCAAAAAAGGCUAUUAGGGCUUUGAUUUCAAGAGGUGCAGGUUCCAGUUCCUGUCCAGGCCCUACGAAGUUGUUUCUAAUGGUUAAAGCUCCCACCUCAUUUAAUCUGCCUUUGCAUUUUCUUCCAAAGCGUGACUUCAGAUACAGCAAAAGGAUUGUGCCUUUCAGACUACGAUUUAGAUGCAGAACCCAAGGUUUGGAAAUAGAUGCUUCCGGUCAUGGUUCGCUGUCCAGCAGAUCAACUGGUUUGAUAAAUUCUUCUUCAAGUGAUUUCAUUUGGUUUCAAUGUCGGCAUGCAAUUAAGGGCAUAGCAUUCAAGACACCCGAAGAAGGAUGAGAAAGUUCAUCUUCCCAUGAUGAAAGAUUUGUCUUCUUGCCUUAUUACCUUGUUCUGUUUCCUUAGGAGGUUUUUUAGUAUAACUUUUCAUAUGCAUAGAUGUAAGAGCUCGUACAUAUUGAUAAACAAAGCUACAAGUUUGGUGGCUGUGGUUAUAAGUGGCCACCGAUUA